UAUUCGUCGCGGAUGAAGCCGCACUGCACGCUCUGUCACAGAAAGGAACGCUCGUCCGCUGCCCACACGUGCACUCGUCGGCAGCUCGCUUUGACGAGCUUCGACGACAGACAGUGGCUUCACGGUCGCUCCUCCCCCGACCCGAUGCGUUACACCGACCCUGGUGCGUGUGGUAGACACGCCCUGGUGAAGCCACCCCGCGAGGUGCCGUCGGAAGCUCGGAGACCAUCUUCGCGGAUACCUUACCCGUGGCUUUCUUAGCGGACGCGCCCUCACUCUUGGACCCGGAGUGUUUGCGGAAUUGGACGACCGCGAUGAAGCCCGUGGACGACGGCCAGUCCGAACCGCCUCCUGGCGCAGGGCCCAACAUGAUCCGACGCCUGAGCAAGACCGACCGGUACGACCUGAGACACGAGUCCCCGACUUCGCAUCAGAGGCCCGUGUUUACCCAGCCACACUUUGACAGCGAGUUUGCGGGAAUCCCAAAGGAUAAGGUACCAAUAUCCGACCGCAUCGUCAGCUCACUGCGGAAACGAUGGCACGUGAAGCACAUCCCAAAGAAGUUGCUUGGCCUCUUUCCUAUCAUCAGCUGGGUUCGUGCAUAUAACUUCAAGCAAUGGAUCAUCUCGGACAUCAUAGCAGGAAUAUCAGUUGCUAUAUUUCACGUUCCCCAGAGUUUCGGUUACUCCCUCCUCGCCAGUGUACCUGCGGUCAACGCCCUCUACACUGCCAUGUUUCCCAUGCUGAUGUACACAAUCUUCGGAACUUCCAGGCAUCUCUCGAUUGGCGCUUUCGCUGUAGUCUGCAUGAUGACAGGAGCCGUCGUGGAGCAGUACAAGGAAGAGUUCGGUGCAGCUGAGGUUGCUUCAACGCUGAUGUUUUUCGUUGGAUUGUAUCAGCUUGCCCUCGCUUUCUUGAAUCUCGGAGGCCUCAGCGUGUUCCUAUCCGAGCAGUUCGUCAGUGGCUUCACUGCUGGCGUGUCUGUCCACAUAGGCUCGAGCCAACUGGGCAGCCUGUUCGGCAUUCCCGUCGGCCACUUCUCUGGACCGUUUCUGCUUAUUAGGCUCUACGAUGCCUUCAUCAGGCUCCUCCCGGACACGCAUUUGCCCACACUGGGAAUGUCGGCGUGCUGCAUUUUCCUCUUGCUCUUCGUUAAGCUGGCCAUUGACCCCUUCGUGGAGCGAAUGAUAAAGAUACCCGUGCCCAUCGAGAUGAUACUGUGCUCGUGUUGUCUCUUCACGUCAUCGGCCUAUGCAAUGAUAUCGCUCAAUAUCUGGGUGUACAUCCAUGGACGUUUUGCUUCCAGGUUUCCGACGAUGGGUCUGCCCGACCUGAACCUGUCUCUUGUGACGAAAGUGGUCGUGCCGGCCCUCACCAUUGCGAUCGUGUCGUUUGCUGUCACGGUGUCCUUGGGUCGCAUCUUCGCCAGAAACCACGGAUACGAGGUUGUGCCAAACCAGGAACUGCUGGCGCUUGGUAUGUCGAACUUUUUCGGAAGUUUCCUCGACUGCGUUCCGAGUGGCGCUUCUGUACCACGAAGUUCCAUUCAAGAUAACAGUGGCGGAAAGUCGCAGCUCGUUAGUAUCAUCAACACUGUGCUGAUUGCCGUGACACUCCUGUACCUCGGAAGCUACCUUGGAAAGCUGCCUGUGGCGGUGCUCGCAUCGAUCAUCUUUGUAUCGUUGAAGAAGGUCUUCAUGCAAGUCAGAGAUUUCUACAACUACUGGAAGAUCUCCAAGAUUGACGGACAAGUUUGGCUCGUGACUUUCUUCUCGACAGUAUUCGUGGAGGUGCAACUCGGUUUGGUCAUCGGAGUAGUCUACUCACUGUUGACUCUGGUCUACAAGAUUCAGAGGCCAAGUACAUGCAUACUCGGACAAAUUCCCAACACUGACUACUUCGUCCCGUUAAAGAAAUAUGGAAUGGCCCAAGAAGUUCCCGGUGUAAAGGUGUUCCAUUUCGGUGGGCCCAUACACUUCGCCAACGCGGAAUUCUUCAGAGCAGAACUUUCCCGGAGAACGCUCAUCCAAGUGCGCAAAGUGCUUGCAGCACGGAAAAAUGGUACCGCCACGACCGGUCAACCACUGUGCUGGAUAAACGCCGUGGAUCCAAGCCCACCAAUGUACGACGAGCUGAGAAAUUCUAUUGCCAGCUUGCCAUCAAUGAACUUGCAGACUAAAGUACGCGUCGACGGCGAUUCUUCUUCGGCUUCGUCGCUGUCCGGCCCGCCGACACCUGCGAACACUCAACUUCCCAGCCACAUCGUGCUGGACUUCUCUCGGGUCACUUUCGUGGAUGGCUCCAGUUCAGUUGUCCUGAAGCAGGUUCUGAAGGAGUAUAGGAGCAUCAAUAUUGUCAUAUACAUUGCGUGCUGUUCUGCCCCCGUGUAUUCGAUGCUCAAAAAGGGUAAAGUUCUGGAAGAAAUUGCAGCUUCCAACUUCUACCCUUCCGUGCAUGACGCUGUUAUGCACGUAGGAAAACGAGAAAACGAGCCACCAUAUGCCUUCGCAACUAUAUGAAGGUGAACGGAUGGACACGAACUAAGAUUCCCUGCGUCUACCUCGCAAGCGGAGGAGUUGUACAUACAGCACUGAAACCAAAGACGCUAUUGACUUGUCUUUUGACAGAAAAAAAGACAUACUCCAGCGACUUUCGUAGUCAUUCAUGACAAACCACACUUGGCGAACAUGAUUCCUGCACGUCUUCAGUACUUUUAAUUGCAUUAGGUAUAUCAUCAACUAAUUUUAACAUCCGCAUGUUUUUACGCAAUACGUGGCCUUGUAGCCCUCCUAAUGUGUAGAGGGAAACUUGGAUUAUCUGCGCAAUAAAAAGACGGGGUGACAAUAAACUGUCUCUCACGACUAUCGG